AUGGCGAUGUUUAACGGCGCGAGCGCGACGGAGUAUUUCGGGAUGGUGUCGGCGAUGCGAAAGAAGGAGGCGCCGUACCCACCGCCGCCUUGGUGCGUCAAUGUGUGCGUCGCGGCUUGCUCGGCGAUGCCGCUCAUCCUUCACUUUUCCAACGGCCGGAUGACGUUUAUCGUCGCCACGACGGUGAUCGCGCUGUUUUUAAUCUUCGCUGCUCUCAUCGUGAACGAGGAAUCGCACUUUAAUGAGUUCUCGUCCUCUCUGUUUGGGCUCGUGUACGCUGGAUUUUUGCCGACAUUUUGGGUGAAACUUCGCGGUAUGAGCGGCGUUGCUCUGAAUUCACCGGGCAGCCUCAUCCACCUUUGGCCUAGUUUCCUCGGUGGUCCAGACGUAUGGACGCUUGGACUCGCGGCGACGUUGACGAUUGUACUCGCCGUCGUCGCCGCAGAUGUCGGCGCUUACGCCGCUGGUAAGACGCUCGGCAAGAAUAAACUCACGCGCGUGAGCCCUAACAAAACGGUCGAAGGCGCGGUCGGCGGCUUACUGGCGUGCACUGGAACGUGCGCCGGGUUGUUCGUCGUGAUGGGUUGGCCAGGGACCCCGCUUCAAGGCGCGUUACUGGGCGUAAUGGUCUUUCUCACUUCCAUUUUUGGAGACUUGCUUGAGAGCGUGAUGAAGCGUAACGCUGACAUGAAAGAUAGCGGCAAUUUGAUUCCCGGUCAUGGAGGCCUGUUGGACAGAUUCGAUUCGUAUAUUUUCACCGGUAGCGUGACGUAUUUCUUCGUCAUCGCCGUGCUCGGCGGCUUUCGGCGUGUAUUUAGCGUCGGGUACUAUUAG